UGCUGCCCUCACUCUCACUGGCAGGUCCAUCUGUCCUGUUGCUCCUGCACUCCUUCACUGACAUUAGAGCCUAUUUAUUGGGGAUUCCAACACGAAUCUUCCAGGCCUCCAGCACCAGAUUGGGACCACUGAGACAUCCCGCGUCAUAGAUGGAACAACUGCUGCGUUCUUGUCCUCUUUAGUGUGAGAAGGCCAUUGCUGGACGACUCGAACAGUAUCUCGGUCAACUCACUAUCCCUUAAAAAUUCAUUCUCCCAAGAAGAAGGGACAGAAAGGAAGACCACUUUGUAAGAAAGGCUUUGGUAUCCCAUGAACGAGCCAGCAGAACACCGAUUGGGGUGCACCAGGACUCCAGAGCCAGAUAUAAGGCUCAGAAAAGGGCACCAGCUUGAUGACACAAGGGGAGGUGAUAAUGACAACCACCAAGGAGAUUUGGAGCCCAUUUUAGAGACACCUGUUUGUUCUUCCUAUUAUGAAAAUAGCUCCGAGGAACUUGAGUGUAAUGAUGACAAUUCCCAGGAAGAUGAAGGGUUUAUGGGCAUGUCUCCUCUCCUACAAGCCCAUCAUGCAAUGGAAAGAAUGGAAGAAUUCGUUUGUAAGGUAUGGGAAGGGCGAUGGCGAGUGAUCCCUCAUGAUGUGCUACCAGAUUGGCUUAAGGAUAAUGAUUUCCUUCUCCACGGACAUCGGCCUCCUAUGCCUUCUUUCCGGGCCUGUUUUAAGAGUAUUUUCAGAAUACACACGGAGACGGGCAACAUUUGGACACAUCUCCUAGGUUGUGUAUUCUUCCUGUGCCUGGGGAUCUUUUAUAUGUUUCGCCCAAAUAUAUCCUUUGUGGCCCCUCUGCAAGAGAAAGUAGUCUUUGGGUUGUUCUUCUUGGGAGCCAUUCUCUGCCUUUCAUUUUCAUGGCUCUUCCACACAGUCUACUGCCACUCGGAAGGGGUCUCCCGACUCUUCUCUAAAUUGGAUUACUCUGGUAUUGCUCUUCUGAUCAUGGGAAGUUUUGUUCCUUGGCUUUAUUAUUCUUUCUACUGUAACCCACAACCUUGCUUCAUCUACCUGAUUGUCAUCUGUGUGCUGGGCAUUGCAGCCAUUAUCGUCUCCCAGUGGGACAUGUUUGCCACCCCUCAGUACCGGGGGGUCAGAGCAGGAGUGUUUGUGGGCUUAGGCCUGAGUGGAAUCAUCCCUACUUUCCACUAUGUCAUCUCAGAAGGUUUCCUGAAGGCUGCUACCAUAGGGCAGAUAGGCUGGCUAAUGCUCAUGGCUAGCCUCUAUAUCACAGGAGCUGCCCUCUAUGCGGCCCGCAUUCCUGAACGCUUCUUUCCUGGCAAAUGUGAUAUCUGGUUUCACUCUCAUCAGCUGUUCCACAUCUUUGUGGUUGCUGGUGCCUUCGUUCACUUCCACGGCGUCUCAAACCUGCAGGAGUUUCGUUUCAUGAUUGGCGGGGGCUGCGCUGAAGAGGACGCACUGUGAUACUCUCCAGGAGCCAGGGACUGUGACCCUGAACCAGGCCUGCAGCUUCCACAGGCCUCCUUGCUGGCUGUCAGUGCCAGUGCCAGAGAAGCCCCAAAACUUGGACAGCCUCGUGGGCCUUGUGAUGGCCCAAGGGCUCCAUGGGGUACAAGACUAAGAAGAGAAAAACAAAAAUAAAUCAUACCUCAAAGGAUGGAGUGCAUCGAUUUGGAGAAAAGGAGAAAUGGCUCAUCCCCUGACUCCCCUUUGGGAUCUACCAAUUGAGGGCAACUCUGCAAGACCCUUCCCUCACAGACUGGCUUCUGAUGGGACCGUAUUUAUUUGUAGAAGAUGGGAAACAGUUUAGUUGGUGGUUCUUCUCCCUUUCUCUCUCCUUAAAGCAGUAAUACAUAUGAGUACUAUGCGCUAAUUGAUUGUGCCACUGGAGCUCCUUAAAACAAUAAUCAAAACCAAUUUAGGUGAACAUUUAUAUCAGUAAAAGGGUGGGAGUGCAAUUUUAGGCACUCCUUUGGGAGAACCAAGAAAUUAAUGUAAAUAAGAUUUCUAAUUUACUGUUUAAAUAAGAAUUUAUAUAAACAUUUAAAACAUAGGGGCAGGGAGGGAGGGAGACUUUUUUUUUAAAAGGAUGAAACAUGCAAGUACCACACACUGUUUCAAUUUUGCACAAAGUGAUAGAAGGAAGAUGAAGUGGUAGCCCCAGAAUGCACGAUGUCUUGUGCACCAAGGUGCCUUCCAUAGGCCGGUAACCCUUGGACCCUGCUGGGGCAGGGUACAGCUCUAGCCAGGGAUUUUCUGGCCACUCUCAAGACUGCAAGCCCUGAGGCACCCCGAGGGGGAGGGAAGUAGAAGGAGGUAGUGUGUGCUUUCUCAGUGGACGCAGCACAGGUUGUCAUAAUGGCUCUAGAGAAGGGAUUUGAAAGGCUGUUAUGUAGUUAGUAAUGAGCCUUUCUGAAGAGUGGGGCCACUUGGUUCCACCAUACAUGUAUAAGGCGGUGAUGGAGGUGAGGAGGACCUCUAUGAGCAUCAGCACAGGGCUGUCUGCUUCUUCCCUGGUGUCCCAGAUAACCAGGUGUUAGUUCUUACCUGAAUAGAGGUAUGGCCAUUUUCCAGACCUUCUCUGUGGAGUUCUGAGCCAUUCUGCAAACUUUGCUCUAUUGAGAAUCACUGCCCUAACUGUCCUUCCACCGGGAAAUAAGAAACUGCCCCAUCCCCUACCCUCACCCCCAUUGGCGUCAUAGCUCCUAGCUUGGAGCCAGCCACUAGAGAGAUUUGGAUGUUCAUGGGUCUCACCUGAAGUCAUAUAUGCAGGUGUGGAGAACCAUCCCACUGGACUAGGAGUGAUGAUGUUUUUUUUCUCUGGUGCACUGUCUUGGUAAGCUUGGUGUGACAGAACAGACUCUUCUGCUCCCCUUGAAUAAGAAAGUCAGCAGUCCCUACUGUGGCAUUGUUAGCACUCACUUAGUGCCAUCUGCAAGGCGUUUAAAAGGAAGUGGCAUGUUAUUGCCAGGUAGCCUGAUAGAAUUAAGCCCACAAUUUUGAAUGGCUGCUAGAAGUUAGAAGUAAUUUCUGUGUCCCAGGGCAUCUUGUUACAGGUUUUAGAGGGAGUGAACGACUUGGGUCUGGCUUAGAGAAUUUUGAUCUUGGCUCCUAAGUGAGAAACCAAGUACUUAAGUCUUCAAGACAUCAGGCAGGCAGCACAUCCUGGGGCUGGUGGCUAUUGCAGUGUAACGGGCCGGGCGUCUCUGGGAUACUUCGGGAUGUGAGAAGCUUCUGUUUACUCACUAGGUUUUCUUGGCCAUUGUCCUUCCUUUACCUUCAAAUCUCCAGCUACUGCUGGGAAUCCGGGAAGGAGUCCAUUGUAAAACCUGAGAAGAGUUUAGGAGUAUUUUGGUUGUCGAUAGGGUGACAACCUAGGUACACCAAACAGAAAACUGGAUGAACAGCCUUGUGGCGGACAGAACUAACAGUGUUAAUCCCUCAAGAAGCUCUUGGGCAGGACAGUGUCCACCUGGAGGGAAGCCACCUAGGUCUGUGGUAGCAACAGCACAUAUCAGAAGCCAGGCUUACUCCCUGCCCGUGUAAUUUGGGACUGCUGAGAUGCUUUCCCGUGACACCUACUAAAGUAGGUCUUUGGGUCUAGUCAUCCCUCUUCCCAAAGCAGGGAGAAUCUGGUUCAACAUAGCACAAACUCGUAGGGAAAAGAAUCACCACCACCAGUGUGUAGUCAAUAACUUCCCUUCUGGGGGUGUGUGUGGGCAUGUGUGUGCCCCUGUCUGUUCGCGCAGCUCACUACCAACAGCCUCCAUGUGCACUUGACCUUGUGGUGCCUCCAGGAACUCAGCAGGCGGCACCUGAAUGCCUUACUCUCAGCAGUCUGAGGCUGGCUUGCUCUGCGCACACAUUUAUGUCUCAUUUUCUUUUUUUGGCCCCAGGCCCUAGGAUGGUUAGGAACCUGUACACCUUCAUUCUUUGAUCACUAAACAGUGGCCUUUUUCAGUAUUUUCCCUCUCCCCUUUAUAAGUUGCUGAAGUCACAAAGCACACUUUUGGGGAUCAUAGAAGGUUGUGGUUCCAGAAAGGCAUCUAUGUGAUGGUUCCAUUCACCAUGGGAUUUCCCUACUUGAUGUCUUCUCAAUUUCUCUAAUAAAAAGAGCCAAAUGAAAGAUGAA